AUGGUGACCACUGUCUAUAUUAUCUCAAUUGGUGUCAACUGUUUCAAUACAUGUCAAUUGCAACCUGACUGCGACCAAGAGCUUCACUGCGAUAAUAUAACCCAUAUAUGCUAUUGUAUACCAAAUUAUAGAUAUUUAUUGCCAAACGGUGUUUGUCUUCAACGAUCAAAUGUCAACUCAAGAUGUAUAAUAUACAAGCCAUGCAUUGAUGGCAAGUGUACCGCCACUAAUGAUAUUGAAGUCAACUUUGAUGGAAACUCCUAUAACAAACUCAUUGUUAGAAAAGCAUUGCUUAACUUUAUUAUUAAACGACAGAAAAACAAUAUCUUAGGUUUCUGUGAGUGCGAUAAGGAAAGGGAUGGUAACAGUGAUAGGGGUAGUAAUGAUGGCUAUAGACAGCAAUGCAAUUAUAAGGUUAUUGGACGGCAUUGUACUGUUGAUGAACACUGUGCUAAGUUUGUGACUAAUAGUCAGUGCAAAGACAAUGUUUGCAUUUGUAACGACACUUAUUAUCAUUUAGACGACUCAUGUAUUCAAAAGAAAUCUCUCGACGACUUUUGCUCAGACAAUACUCAAUGCAUAUCAAACCUCUACUGUCGUAACUUUGUGUGCAAAUGCCGUAAGAAUUACUUCUAUGACGUCUACAGCCGAACUUGUUUAUACCGAUCGGGCAGUGAGGCCAGCGAAACAACAUCGCCGACAUACAGUGACACCAUUUGGGAUAAUGUGGCCAAAGUCAGUGGGUUUGUCAUAUUUGCCAUUGUUAUGCUCUUCCUCUGCACCCGAAAGGACUCCGAAGUGCAGAACGACGUCCUCAAUGGUUCUCAUAGGCGCCGAUCGACUCGUGCGAGUCGUCACCGAAGUUCAUCAAUCAAUUCUCACCGACCGCUAACCCAAACGUCAUCCAACGCCAGCCGUUCCUCUGCCUAUCGAACUUUUGAAGAGCCCGUUCCCAUACGUCAGACAAUUAUUAUGCCAUCGCCCGCACAACUGGUUAGUAGUCUGUCCUCGUCCUCUGAUGAAGUCGAGUACAAUCCAUACCAAUUCGAUACACUAUUCCCACAGCAAUCAGAUAUCGAUGACCCGCCUUCCUAUGAGGAGGUCGUCAAAGACGUUAGACAUUAAUA